AUGGCACCCCCGGUUUUGCGGAAGAGUGAGGCUGUGGAUAAGGAACAGCUGUGGGCCUGGGAGUACCAGAUGGAAGAGGAGAAACACGAUCUGUAUAUGGACAUUGGGGAGGAGGUCAGGUUUCGUGUUUCUGAUGAGAUAUUUGUGGACACAACCCCAUCAAGUCCAGAAAAUGCAGCAGGAGAGGAAAUAGCGGAUACUGAAGUGAAAAAAGCCCCCUAUACUAUUGUGGGAACCAUCAGUGAGCCUGGCUUAGGCCUGCUGUCAUGGUGGAACACAGGGUAGAGGCUCGCACAGAAAUGUAACAGGAAACCGGAUAGGAGGAAAGUUGUGAAAAUGUGGAGCACCAGAAACUCCAGCUAUGUAACAUGGAUGGAGGAAAUACAGGCGGGGAAUAGUGAACAUAGUUGAGGGGAAAUCCAGGAAACUAGGUAGAGAGUACUGGAAAUGUGGAACCAAAACAUAGAGGCCACAUAGAGUCUCCUCACCAUGGAUAAAAGGAGUACCAGAACUUCUAUUUAGUAGCAACAGGAUCAGAUGGCUCCUGAAUUUGAGAGAUAUAAAAGCUACAGGGAAGAAAAGAUGAAUCAUUAGAGCAAGAUAUUGUCUACUGUUAUAGAGGUAGAUAUUGUCUAUUGUUGAUGUAUGAUCUGCAAUAUCCAAUCUUCUAGUUUGGAUUUAACCACUUGAUACAAACUCGCAAAUGACCUAUUGCGAUCACCUUUUGUCUAUUGUCACACAUUAUCCAUCCAUAAACAAUUUUACGUUUCUAUGCAACCUUGACUCUAUACUAGAUGUUGUAUAGAUCAGUUGAAGAUUAAUGUGUUAGCCAUGUUUUGAACAACAAGACAGUUAGUAUAUGUGUAUGACUAGAGAGAUCUUGCUGUGUUUGCAUGAUAAUUGCUACUGGUUGAAACAACACAAACAUGUAUAGUCUGAUACUCAGAUGGCUGUGGCCUUGUUUAAAAUUCAUUUCAAUGACCUGUUUCAUUGAAUGAUAUGUUGCCAAUGUGUGUGAUUGUGUCAUACAUGUGAAAGGUUUUGCAAGUUGAAUGUAAGUUUACAUUUGCAUGUUGAUUUUGAAAAUAAAACUAUUUCAACU